AUGUUUAUCAAUAAUAAUUGCACAGGUAUUAUCACAGAUAAUGAAGUUAACACCAACUGUGAUAAUUUUGAAGAGUCUGUUUGCCACAAACAAAUAUCAAAUGACUUCCAUAAAGACCAUUUAUUACAAUCAGAUGAUUUUAUUAUAGAUAUUUUGAGGAAUACAAUGAAUGUAAAUGAAUCACAUCUUACGGCUGCUAUUAAUUACUACCGAUCUUGUAUCACAAACUCUAAGGAGGAAACAUCGUCAAGAAAAGAGAAAAUUGUUCAAUUAAUCUCAUCUCUUUUCAACGGAUGGUCAUCGCCACUGUAUUCUGAUAAGAUCUCCUUCAAUAUUAGCAACAAUAUACCUGAUAAUAAAUUGUUCAAUCUUACCAAUUUAAUUUUACCACUGAUAUUUCAAAAUGGAAAAACAACUAUAUUUUCUCUAAAUGUAGUUCAAAGUAGAAACAAAAGUAUAAAUCCAUAUAUUUAUUUGGUUAACAAUGGAGAAGGAACAGAAGAACAGAUUUUCAAGUUACUAGAGAAUUUUGAAAUGGGGGAAAAUAAGGAAGAAUUGGCAAAAGGUGUUUUCAAUUUGUAUUCAGACAUUAAAAAUGCAAUCCCAUUGCAGAAUAUCGAUAAAGAAGUCCCAUUUGAAAAUCUGAGCCAAAUCUGUUCCGUUGUACUUAAAAUAUUUGAUGAAUUAAAGAUCACUGUGAUUCAAUUAUUAUCAUCGAGUUCAUGGUUCAAUGAAAACAAAAAAGGCACUAUUGAUCAGGUUAAAAAUAUUAGUUUAUCGAUAAUUUCAUCGGAAUCAUUGAAUGUGAAAAAGAGAGAGAGCGAACAUUUUAUAUUCAAUAAUAAAAUUCUAGAAAAUAAUUACUUUAUGAAUGAAUAUUAUUCUCGGAAGACUAAACUCCUCAAAUCAUUCGGCGCAACUUUGGGUAAAUACGAUAAACCAGAAGUCUCCAGUUUCACGCCAUACAUAUCUGGAUUGAACAAAGACCAUAACAUUCAUAUAACUACUGGGUUUCUACAUCCACCGUAUUUCAAUGGAUCAUAUUCUAUGUCUGAAAAAUAUGGGAUUAUCGGUUGGAUUAUGGGACGUGAGCUUAUAUCUGCAG